AGAUCUUGCGCAGACUGGGUACUGUACAUGGCCAUUGAUGCUGCUGGAUAGAUGUAGCCCCCCUGAUGUAAAUAAGAAUGGCGAGGGCAGCGGGUCUAACAUGCAGCGACAUCUCUGCUUGACAUCGGAUCAUUUUCUGGGAAUUUAAAAAAAAAAAAAAAAAAAAACACGGGACGUCCUUUUUUUUCUUUCCUCGUUUUUUUUUUCUACGUGAAUCUGCCUUGAUGACAGCUCGCCUGAUGGUUUUUUUCAUUUGACACACAAGAGCCAAAGCAGACGGGCGGCUUCUUCUAAUAAACACUCGGGAAAAACAGGUCAUUAUGACCUUAGUAUCCUCCAGUAAAAGAAAACCAUCGGAUUGCUUUUACGCAGCAGCAUUCUGCUUGCAUUUUUGGCUUUGGAUUUCAUGUGCCGUGUCCGGAGAGGAGCAUCAUCAUCACUUCAGUGUUGAGGAAUGGCUACAGAGGUAUGGAUACCUUUCCCGCCCAGAACCGGGAAUGUCUGUCCUGCGCUCGGCCCAAACCUUGCACUCCGCCAUUGCUGCCAUGCAGCGUGUUUAUGGUCUCAAUGUCACAGGGACACUGGAUGAGAAAACAAAGGAUGAUAUCACGCUGAGCUGGAUGCAAAAGCCACGCUGUGGAGUUCCGGAUAAAAUUAAAAAUACUUCGAGGUCACGGAAGCGGAGAUAUGCACUGACGGGACAGAAGUGGCAGCGUACACACAUCACCUACAGCAUAAAAAAUGUCACGCCAAAGGUGGGAGCCCGAGAGACUCACGAUGCCAUUCGGCGGGCGUUCGACGUAUGGCAGGGUGUGACUCCCCUACGCUUCGAGGCUGUUCCAUACAGCGCCCUAGAGACCGGCAGGCGUGAUGUGGACAUCACCAUCAUCUUCGCUUCAGGUUUUCACGGUGACAGCUCGCCCUUCGAUGGGGAGGGGGGAUUCCUGGCCCAUGCCUAUUUUCCAGGCCCAGGCAUCGGAGGGGACACACACUUUGACUCAGACGAACCCUGGACCCUGGGGAACCCCAACCAUGAUGUCUUUUCCCUCUCUGUAGGUAAUGACCUGUUCUUGGUUGCGGUUCAUGAGCUGGGUCACGCCCUCGGUCUGGAACACUCCAACGAUCCCACUGCUAUCAUGGCUCCGUUCUACCAGUACAUGGACACAGAGAACUUCAAACUACCUCAUGAUGACCUGCAGGGCAUCCAGAAAAUCUAUGGUCCACCAGAUAGAGCCCCACAGCCCACCAGACCCCCACCCACUGUCCCUCCUCCUCGCUUCCACCCCCCCUCGGACCCCCGCAAGCACGACCGCCACGCCAGACCCCACCGCCCUCCUCAGGGGGCCAAGCCCUCCAAUCCCAACUCCAAACCCAACAUCUGUGACGGAGGCUUCAACACCCUGGCCAUCCUCCGACAGGAGCUGUUUGUGUUCAAGGACCAGUGGUUCUGGAGGGUACGGGAUAACUCAGUAGUGCCAGGCUACCCCAUGCAGAUUAACUACUUCUGGAAGGGCCUGCCCCCAAAAAUCGAUGCUGUCUAUGAAAACAGUGAAGGGAAAUUUGUCUUUUUCAAAGGAAACCGUUUCUGGGUCUUCAAGGACACAACUCUCCAGCCUUCUUACCCUCAGGACAUCUCGCUGUUUGGGAGCGGCAUGCCCACCCAGAGCAUCGAGACAGCUGUCUGGUGGGAGGACGUUGCCAAAACCUACUUCUUUAAAGGAGACAGAUACUGGAGGUACAAUGAAGACAUGAGGACCAUGGACCCAGGUUAUCCAAAACCCAUCACCAUCUGGAAGGGUAUCCCUGACUCUCCACAGGGGGCUUUUGUGGACAAGGCCAAUGGCUUUACCUACUUUUAUAAGGGAAAGGAAUACUGGAAGUUCAACAACCAGCUGCUUCGCGUUGAGCCCGGGUACCCGCGGUCUAUACUGAGGGACUUCAUGGGCUGUGACGGUCUACCCGCUGACCCGGACUGGGACUGGAACCCCCCAGUGGCUGAAGAACGCCACUACGACAACGGAGACGUGGAUGUUGUCAUCAAACUGGACAGCACGGGGGGUACGGAGAAAGCCGUGGCCAUCGCUAUCCCCUGCGUUCUGGCGCUGUGCAUGAUGGUCCUUCUUUACACCGUUUUCCAGUUCAGGAGGAAGAGUACGCAGCGCCACAUACUGUACUGCAAGCGCUCCAUGCAGGAGUGGGUCUGAGGGACUGUUAGCGCACUGUACAGAAAAGGACACGAAGCGUUGGGUGAAGUCUAAUUAUUGCUUGAAACCCUGAGUACAGGAGUUGGAGCCACUGUAAAGGGUACAGUCCAUAAGAAUUGCCAUGUUGGCAGAUUUUACAACUGCUUGAACUCAAGUUACAAGGAGCGAAACGAUGAGCAGAACUCAAGUGAAGACAGUGACGGAGCCACAUCUCCUACGUCCAACUUAUAUAUAUGUAUCUGCUUUGACUUGUCUCUGUAUCUUGGAAUGAACUCAAAUAACGCGAGAGAGAGUUAAGCUACUGUAAGUGGGACUUUUGUCUAUCCUCGUCUCUGCACGCCGCUUAAAAAGCCCCUAGCACUAACUUCAGUGGACAAAUUAGAUAUAGGCUUCUACUUUACUUUCAUUUCCUAAUUAAAUUGCCCUGAGCUGUGCUUUUUUUUUUUUUUUUUCUGAUUUAGGGUCCCUGUAAAAGAUUAUUCAUUGUGUGGAAGACUGAUACACAAACCAAAUAUGACUUUUCUUCCAAAGAGGAUUAACCGCUCGAUUUUUUUUUUUUUUUUUUUUUGAUGGGAUAUUUUUCCUCCAUGGAUCGAAACAUGGUGGCGUCAUACUCAGACUUUUCUUUCUCUCUCUCUCUCUCUCUCUCUCUCUUUUUUUGUUUUUUUAAAUUACAUUUCUAUUCAUAUCCACCCAUCUGCUCUGUAAUCAGUGGGGAGAGGAAACAGUUUUUAGUAAGAGCUAAGGACUGAAGACUGUUGUGGUAGUAUAUCUCCAAACAGGGGCCAAAACCCUCUCUGCAAUACAUGAGACCGCCUUAAUCACAGGUUGUUUAUACUCCCUUCUCUUUCUCUGUGGAAUCUGAUACUGAACAGCACAGUUACAAUAUAGACAGUGUGUAAAGGCAUUAAAUACUACCUAUAAUGCAAUGUGUAAAGCCAGGACUUAAGGACAGUUUAAGCCACAGUAGUUAAAUUGCUUUUGGAAAAUGUGCAACACCAGACGGUAUGGGAGAGAAAGGGAGUGUGAGCCGUGUAAAAGAGAAACCCACGAUAUAUCUGUCCUGUGCUUCAGCAAACGUCGUGCUUACCUGUUUUCCAAACAAUCCUCAAACGCUGUCAGUGCAUUCAUAUGUUUACCGAUCCAUAUUUGAUUUGAUUUUCUAUCUUUUGUACAACAUAUGUAAGUUUACAUUAUUUUAACAUAGCACAAGAUCUAGAGAAAGAGGGGGGGAAAAAAAGAGAAAGGUUUGAAAAAAAAAAAAAAAAAAAAAAAAAAAAAAGAUGUACACCCCACGUGCACUCAUACAGCUCCUCCUCUUCCAUCCCUGGUUACCAAACAUCAAUCUCAUAUCAUUGGUCAGAACUAAUGGCAAGAUUACUCCAUCUUCUCAUCAAGUUUGCAAUUUAAGAGACAACAUACCUAAAAAAUAUGAUAAUUAAAUUAGCAGAAUAAAAUAACGUAUGGAUUCUCGAUAUCAGGAAAAAAAAAGCUAAUGUGGUUUUUGCCUGUAUGUGGUUUUCUGCACUGUAUCUCUAAUAACCGAUUAUAAACCUAAAAACAUACUCACAUACAAUGAUUUAUUCAUAUUUCUAAAAUUCCUCUAACAAUGUCGAAAAUAACAGUCAAAUCUGAAAAAGCAAAACUAGCCAAAUUAUAUCUGAUAACAAAUAUUUUACACAUAUAUGACUCAUAUACUGUACUGUAUAUAUAACAUCAUACAUACAUACAGUGAUGAUUUGUUUUAUCAGUUUAUUUAAUGAAGAAUGAGAAAAAAAAAAAAGUCAUAUGAAGCGUAAAUGAAGACAGGUCUGAGGAGAUACAGAGCUAAGCUGAACAUUUUCUAUCCUGACGUAGUGCGUUAUCAUCAGUGCACUGCACAUCGAGGAUAUUAAUGAAAUAUAUUGUCUUGCAAUUGCCUUUUGAUUGCCUGCCAUACAUGUAACAAUGUGGUUGUGUAGUGUAGCAUUCUCAUUGACCUGUGAGAAUUCAUGAUUUUUAUUGUUUGUUUUGUUUUAUAUCGGUGCUCCUUGUUUUGGUUCUCUUACUUGAAAUGGUCUCAUAGUCAAACACCACUUGUACAGGAUAUAACAUACCAUAAUCUUCUGUUGUUAUUAAGGAAAUAUCAUUUAUUAACAUACGGUAUCACCAAAGGAAUAAGGGUACUUAUCUCUGAAUUGUAAAAAGGAAUGAUGGGCUGAAUCUUAUCAUUUGUAGGAAAUAAAAACUUCAAAGUUACAUAAAGGCAGUGCAUGCCGUUGUAAAAAAACAAAACACUAACAUUUGUUCAUCGUUGUUGACCAUGAAUCCAUCUUGUAUUUUCUCUCCUUAUGGUCACAUAAAGUGACAGAUGAACAUUUCAAGCUGCUGUAGCUGCUAUGACACAUUCAAAUUGUCAUUUUCUAUGAACCAUGUGAAAGUAUUUGCUUCCAGACUUGGUCCCUUUCUUUUCCAAUCUCCAGGCAAGUGAAUGGUACAUUAGCAAAAUGAUGAAAGAUGAUGAAAGACAAAGUUUCGAGGGACAUCCUUGGUUUCCAGAAGCAGAGCUGAUUUGCCCAUACAGUGUGAGUCUCCAUUGAAAUGUAAGGUGGAAGCAAAAACCUUUGGCUCAGUGUUGUAUGUGACGUCUAAUCGGUUUGUAUGUUUGUGGUGAGAGUCUGUUUGGCUCCGGCGAGUGUGAAUUAAGCCGAGGCACGUUGGUACUGUAUUUAUUGCCGUCCGCUCAGCGUUGCAGACCUUGUAUUGCAUUGUUCUGAGGGCAAAAACGCUGUCAAUAAAGUGGGCUUGAAAUGCAAUGAUUUUA